AGGAUGUCGUAUUUUGGGGAGUAUUUUUGGGGAGAGAAGAACCAUGGCUUUGAGGUCCUGUACCACAGCGUGAAGCAGGGGCCCAUCUCCACCAAGGAGCUGGCAGACUUCAUCCGGGAGAGGGCCACCAUCGAAGAGACCUACUCGAAGGCAAUGGCAAAACUUUCCAAGCUGGCCAGCAACGGGACCUCGGUGGGGACCUUCGCCCCACUCUGGGAGGUCUUCCGAGUCUCCUCAGACAAGCUGGCGCUCUGCCACCUGGAGCUGACACGGAAGCUGCAGGACCUCAUCAAGGACGUGCUCCGCUACGGCGAGGAACAGCUUAAGGCACACAAGAAGUGCAAGGAGGAAGCAGUGGGCACCCUGGACGCUGUGCAGGUCCUUGCAGGCGUCAGCCAGCUCCUGCCCAAGUCCCGCGAGAACUUCCUGAACCGUUGCAUGGACCAGGAGCGGCUGCGGAGGGAGAGCACCAGCCAGAAGGAGAUGGACAAGGCAGAGACCAAGACCAAGAAGGCAGCAGAGAGCCUGCGGCGUUCAGUGGAGAAGUACAACUCAGCCCGUGCCGACUUCGAGCAGAAGAUGCUGGACUCAGCUCUGCGCUUCCAAGCCAUGGAGGAGACCCACCUGCGGCAAAUGAAGGCGCUGCUGGCCUCUUAUGCUCACUCAGUGGAGGACACCCAUGUGCAGAUUGGGCAGGUACAUGAGGAGUUUAAGCAGAACAUAGAAAACAUCAGCGUGGAGAUGCUGCUGAGGAAGUUUGUAGAGAGCAAGGGCACAGGCCAGGAGAAGCCAGGGCCUUUGGACUUUGAGGCGUACAGUGCGGCUGCCCUGCAGGAAGCAAUGAAACGUUUGCGGGGAGCCAAGGCCUUUCGCCUCCCAGGACUGAGCCGGCGGGAGCGGGAGCCACCUGCAGCUGUAGAUUCCCGGGAGCCUGAUUCAGGGAGAUGUCCAGAGGUGGAUGAAGAAGGUUUCACUGUCCGGCCUGAUGUGACCCAGAACAGCACAGCGGAGCCCUCCCGCUUCUCAUCCAGUGACUCCGAUUUCGAUGAUGAAGAGCCCCGCAAAUUCUACGUGCACAUCAAGCCCGCCCCGGCCCGGGCCCCAACCUGCAGCCCCGAGGCAGCCGCAGCACAGCUUAGGGCCACAGCUGGCAGCCUCAUCCUCCCUCCUGGCCCAGGGGGCACCAUGAAACGCCAUUCUUCACGGGACACUGCUGGGAAACUACAGAGGCCUCGAUCUGCCCCAAGGGCUGGCAGCUGUGCAGAGAGGCUGCAAUCGGAUGAACAGGUUUCCAAGAACCUCUUUGGGCCUCCCCUAGAGUCCGCCUUUGACCAUGAAGAUUUUACAGGCUCUAGCAGUCUCGGCUUCACCUCCAGCCCCUCGCCUUUCUCUUCCUCGUCGCCCGAGAACGUGGAGGACUCCGGCCUGGACUCACCGUCCCACGCGGCACCCGGCCCCUCCCCGGAUUCCUGGGUUCCCCGCCCUGGCACCCCACAGAGCCCACCUACCUGUAGGGUGCCGCCCACAGAGUCGAGGGGGACGCAGCCCCUGCUGCCAUCAGACUCACCACAGCCCCUUGCACCAUCCCCGGGUCCCUGGGGGAUGGAGGCUGUGGCUGGAGGAGACUUGAUGCCUGUACCUGCUGACCUUGCAGCCAGGGAGGGCCUGGCAGCCCCACCCCGGAGACCUCGCUCCAGGAAAGCAUCCUGUCCCCUCAUGCGCAGCAACGGGGACCUGUCUCGUUCCCUGAGCCCCUCCCCACUGGGCUCUUCAGCCCCCAGCACCAUCCCAGAACGGCCCAGCUUCUCAUCCCAGGCAGGACAUGGAGUCUCCCGGGGCCCAAGCCCUGUGGUCCUGGGCUCCCAGGAUGCCCUGCCCGUGGCCACUGCCUUCACUGAGUAUGUCCACGCCUACUUCCGUGGCCACAACCCCAGCUGCCUGGCUCGAGUAACUGGGGAGCUGACCAUGACCUUCCCUGCUGGUAUCGUGCGUGUGUUCAGCGGAACCCCACCCCCACCGGUCCUCAGCUUCCGCCUCGUGCACACAACCCCCAUUGAACACUUCCAUCCCAAUGCUGACCUGCUCUUCAGUGACCCCUCCCAGAGCGACCCUGAGACCAAAGACUUCUGGCUCAAUAUGGCGGCUCUGACUGAGGCCCUGCAGCGUCAGGCAGAACAGAACCCAGCUGCCUCCUACUACAACUUAGUGCUGCUGCGGUACCAGUUCUCCCGCCCCGGUGCCCAGUCUGUGCCUCUGCAGCUGAGCGCCCACUGGCAGUGCGGGGCGACCCUCACUCAGGUCUCGGUGGAGUACAGCUACCGGCCUGGUGCCACGGCCGUGCCCACGCCACUCACCAAUGUCCAGAUCCUGCUGCCCAUAGGGGAGCCUGUGACCAACGUCCGCCUGCAGCCGGCUGCCACCUGGAACCUGGAGGAGAAGCGGCUCCUAUGGAAGCUUCCGGAUGUGUCCGAGACAGGGGGCUCUGGUCGCCUGUCUGCCAGCUGGGAGCCAUGCUCGGGGCCCAGCACACCCAGCCCUGUGGCUGCUCAGUUCACCAGCGAGGGGGCCACUCUGUCCGGCGUGGACCUGGAGCUGGUGGGGAGUGGCUACCGCAUGUCACUGGUGAAGAGAAGGUUCGCCACAGGGAUGUACCUGGUGAGCUGCUGAGCCUGCAGAGGCCGACCAGCACCACUGGCCCCAGCUCUGCACUGCGUCC